CGCCCGGGGCGUGCGUCAGCGUGUCAGUGUCGCCGGUGGUGUCGCGCUCGCGUCGGACUCGCUUCGCCGUGGUCAAGCGUGUCGGACUGCCCCUGCUUUCGCGCGUGCGAGUAACACUGUGCUACCGGUUGUGACUCUGCGAGGUCGAACGGUCACACAGACGUCCCAGCGGCGUUUCCCUCGCCGGACCCUGCCCGUGGCUGCACGUGCGACGCUCCGUCACGGCGUCGCACGUGGUCGGGCCGGUGAGGGCGUUCGCACGUGUGCCGCGCGCCCGCGGUCGGUGGCGUGUCCCGAGCCACGUGCUGCCGGCGCCGGCGAGACGGCCGCUGCAGAGCGGAGCGAGGGCGCACAGGGCUCGGUUGGCGCCUGUGUGGCCGGGCUGCGUUUGAGCGGGUUAACGGCGGUCGGUGUGGAAGGCGACGACGGCGACGGCGGUGUGGUGCGGGACUGCCGGCCGUGCUCGAUCCCUUGCAGCGGCUGACACCAGUCCGGGCGAGACGGCGCUGCGCUGACCCUGAAGUGCGCUCACCGCUCACCAUGCACAACCAGGACCAGCUGGUGGAACAGAUUGCCGAGCUGCAGACGGCGGUGGGGGAGAUGAAGACGUCCUUCGCCUCAGCCAUGCGGUGGCUGACGGAGUCUUCGCACGCAGCGGCCGGUCCAGAUACCUUCGGGCCUGCUGGAGUUGGCUGCCCUGAUGAUGAUGACGUCAUCCACACCAUCCGAGGACUGCAGACGGAGCUAGCCGAAGUGACGGCAGCGGUGCAGCAGCUGCAGCAGGGCCAGCAGGCGACCCGGCGGCAGCUGCGGCUGCUGCUGGACGAGCGGGACGUGCUGCUGGACGAGCUGUGCAGGACGGAUAGCGUCUCUGGCCAGACGAGACAACAGCUUUACCGUGCCGGCCUACAGUUUCCGUCCCGAACAUCUAGUGGUUGCCAUAGCAACGACUCGGGUCUGGGCCCGGCGCCCGAAAAGGUGCGGUGGUCGGACCAAGACAGCACAUCGGUCUCAGACGAGCCCUUCGUCUCAACCAUCGUGCAGCAAUAUGUCAACGGCCUUGAAAACGGUGGCGACAGCUACGAGUCGGAUUCCUCGCUUACAAUGACCAUCGACAAAUCGCUCGCGUUUAGCAGCUGCUUAUCCAAGCAGUGUGACCUGGAACUUGACGAGCUCAACGAAACAGAUGGACAGCCCCGAUCGGAGGCCGGCCAGAGCGAGCUGGAGGAGGCCGAACGGCUGGGCGUGGUGCGCGAGCUGGCCGAGACGGAGCGCCGCUACUGCGCCACCCUCUGGACCGUGCAGGACACGUUCGCCGAGCCCCUAGCUGCCUCCAGCCUCCUCAGCGAGGAGGAGUUCGGCAUCCUCUUCCCAGCGGAGGCUGGCCAGCUGUACGAGAAGCACUGUCGUCUGCUUCACUCGCUGGAGGAGCGCCUGCAGACCUGGCCGUGGCUCCCCAGUGUCGGGGACUUGCUCUGCAGAUUUAUUUCUGGAGAAGAUUCCGAAGUGCUGCACAUGUACACCACCUACGUCGCUGGUUUUCCAGAACUUCUCAACACCUUCUACAGACUGUGCCCGCACAUCGAGCCAAUUUGCAGAAUUCCUCAAGGGUCUCCAAGCCGGCGCGUCGGGGCCGCGGCGACCGGCACCUGGCUCGCCCCCUACACGGACGGCUCGUCCAGUCAGCCGGCCACGCUGCCGCGGCGGGCUGAGACGCGGGUCGAGGCUCCGCCGCCGGCGCAACCACUGGACUGCCGGUCUCUGCCGCACAUAAAGCAGCAGCGGCGGCGGCGGCACCUGUCUGCGGCCCGCUCCGAGACUAACCUGCAGCCGCCGGCACGACCAGCCUCGCUCGCCAUACCCAGCCAGCCGCGCCCGGCGCGGUCCGAGCUCGACCUGCAGGCAGAGACAUCUAGCAGCGCACUGCAGAGACUCGACUUCGGGAAGGUGGCACCGAAGGAGCCGCGCCCGCGCCCGGUGACGGCUAGGAAGGUACGACACUGGAUCUGGAACGGAGACAGUGAGCGGCAGCCAGGACGCUGCCGCGCGGUCCGCACGAUGGUGGUGAGUCCGCAGGGCCGCUGCGUCACCCCCGAGCCGCCCCCGCCGGGCGACGGGCCGCCGGCGGCCUCCACCCAGCGCAAGGUCUCGCUGCGCACCAUCCGAAAACAUGUUCACCCUCAGGAGGAGGGCACUGCCGGUCCGGUACACUGA